AUGGUUAGUGAGGACAAUUUUCUAGUGUUGGUUCACCACAGAGGAUCGAUUAAGAGAAAAACUCGUUCCGGUGUGAAGUUCACCGAUAAGGAUCAUCUCUGUAUUAUCGAUACCGUGAAGUAUGAUUGUUUCACGAUCGGGAGUGAUGAGGACUUGCAGGUCAUGUUUCAUUGUCGCCGGCAGUUUCCCGAAGUGAGGACACCAGAGCUGUUGGCAAAGUUGGUUGAUGUGGUAUCCAACUCGGGGGGUUCGAACCAGAAUACCAACACUUUAGCCACGGUUGCCGGUUCUAGCUCCAGACCUGCCGUUGCUUCUUCCCCCGUCCCUGCAUACGAGCCACCCAGCCAGCCUGUCGCCUCCCCUUCGUUCGCUGUUAAUCUCAACGGCAGUGUUGGCGACGAGGUUGGAACAGGAGAAUUUAUACCGACCUCUGUACAGUGUGCUGCACCGGCUGGGGUUGGAGAUGGAUUGUUUGAUGAUCUAGAGGACAAUGAUGUCGAGCCGGAUAUGAUUGCUGAUGGCAGUGGCGAUGAUAUUGGAGCGAGUCAGCCUGCAGGGGUAGGCGGUGGUUCUAGCUCUGGCACACAGCAGUACCCUCCACAUUUUUCAUCUUUGGACCUGGAUGCCAUGAGGCCUGACGAGGUACCUGGGCAGCAUGUUGGAUUUGGCGCUAGAGAUGCAGAAGGGUCUGCUGGUAUGACAGAGUUUCAAGUUGGUCAGCAAUUUCAGGAUAAAGAUGAGGCCUUGUUAAGUGUGAAGACUUACAGCAUCCAUCGAGGGAUACAGUACAAGGUAGUGGAGUCUGAUUAUCGCCGGUAUGUGGGCAAGUGUUCUGAGUUCGGGAAUGGGUGCACAUGGUUGAUUAGGCUGAGUCUCCGGCAGCGCAAGGGCAUUUGGGAGGUCAAAUGGUACAAUGGACCGCAUACUUGUCUGGCCAGCUCCAUCUCCAGCAAUCACAGGAGUUUGGAUUAUCAUGUGAUAUCUGCCUUUAUUAUGCCAAUGGUUAGGGCUGAUGUAUCCGUCAGCAUCAAGGUGCUCCUAAAUGCGACGGCCUCACACUAUGGGUUCAGGCCGACGUACAGGAGGGUCUGGUUGGCGAAGCAGAAGGCUGUUGCCGUCAUUUAUGGUGACUGGGAUGAGUCGUACAACGAGCUCCCAAGGUGGGUGUUAGGAGUGCAGGUGACCAUGCCUGUUUCUGUUGCAGUGCUUAAGACUAGCCCUGUUCGAGUUGGGGGACAGCUAGACGAGUCUCAGGCUUAUUUUCACAGACUGUUCUGGACUUUCUCACCGUGUAUCGAGGCAUUUCGUCAUUGCAAGCCGUUGGUGAGUAUUGACGGCACCCACCUAUAUGGCAAGUAUGGGGGUACGUUGCUUGUAGCGAUUGCACAGGACCAGAACUCCAACAUACUCCCUGUUGCAUUCGCACUAGUCGAGGGUGAGAAUGCUGAGUCAUGGUCAUUCUUUCUCUCCCAUCUCCGUCAGCACAUGACACCACAGCCGGGUCUGCUUGUUAUUUCUGACAGGCAUAACGGCAUCAAGGCCGCACUUGAGGCUCCCGACAGGGGCUGGCUACCUCCAGCUGCAUACCGGGCAUUCUGCAUUCGACACGUAGCAGCAAAUUUUGCCCUCACCUUCAAGGACAAAGACGCAAGGAGGCUUCUUGUGAAUGCUGCCUAUGCUAAGACCGAGGUCGAGUUCGAAUACUGGUUUGAUAUUCUACACUCGGAAGACCCGGCGAUGUGUGAUUGGGCGAACCGGAUUGAAUAUUCAUUGUGGACACAGUAA